UCAUGAAGCUACUCGGAAUAUAAUCAAGUUUACAUCUGCCCUAACUUAUCUGGUCUAAUGGUCCAUCAGAAACCAUUUUUAUUUAGCUGACUACAUUUUUAUCAGUAAGUAUGGAUCAAGACAAAGGUGGCUCUGGAUCACAAAGCAAAAAUGUCUUUGGACUGAAGGUUAAAAAGAAGAAGAAGAAAGUCAGCAAAGGUCUAGUCUUUGCAAAUAAAGGUGCUCAAGAUGAUUCGGAUAUUAAAAGUGGUGCUGAAGAACCUUCAGGUGCAGAAGCUCAAGUCCCUGAACCUGUCAGUGAGCCUUAUCUCUCUGCCUACUUGUCUUUCAGAGAAGUUAUCAAUAUUAAGAGAGCCAAAACUGUGCCCAAGAUUUUGGAAAGUGAAAGCAAACCACUCACUUUUCAGAUCUCCAUCAACAUCACAGAGGCUAGACAGCUGGUGGGUGAGAAUAUCGACCCCAGUGUGGUGAUUGAAAUUGGAGAUGAAAAGAAACAGACAUCGGUAAAAGAGGGUACCAAUGCACCCUUUUACAAUGAGUAUUUUGUGUUUGACUUCUUCGUACACCAAGAGAUAUUUUUCGACAAAGUCAUUAAACUAUCAGUCAUGCAUUCGAAGAUCAUGAAAAGCUUUUGUGUGGGGACGUUUAAGAUUGAUGUUAGAACUGUCUACAGUCAGCCUGGUCAUCAGUUUACCAAUAAAUGGGCAGCUCUUAUAGAUCCCACAGACGUCAACUCAGGGGUCAAAGGUCACUUAAAGUGUGACAUCUGUGUGACGGCGAAAGGAGAUGCAUUGCCCCGUUCUCAGAAGUUUAAAGACGCUGAAGAGCAAAUCGAAAAGAACCCACUGCUGCCUGAAGGCUUUCCAUCUAUGCGCCCAUGGGCUCGCUAUUAUGUGAAAGUGUACCGAGCAGAAGGCCUUCCCAGAAUAAAUUCUAGCAUCAUGGCUAAUGUGACCAGGGCUUUUGUUAGUGACAACACAGCUCUUAUAGAUCCAUAUGUUGUGGUGUCAUUCUUCGGACAGGUGGGCCGGACCUCCACGCAGAAGAGUACAGCAGACCCUGUAUGGAACGAGCAGGUGGUGUUUAAAGAGAUGUUUCCUCCUUUGUGUCAGAGGCUAAAGAUCCAGGUGCUGGAUGAGGGUAGCAUGAAUGAUGUAGCCAUCGGAACUCACUAUAUUGAUCUGCGCCGAAUCUCCAAUGACCAGGAUGGAGAUAAUGGUUUCCUCCCCACAUUUGGUCCAGCCUGGGUCAACAUCUACGGAUCAGCCCGUAACUCCACGAUGGUGGAUGACAGUCAAGACAUGAAUGAGGGAAUAGGGGAAGGGGUGUCAUUUCGAGGAAGGAUUUACCUGCAGCUAACUGUGGAGAUCCUGUCUGGAGGGGCUGAAUCAAAAUCUCUGCUCUCUAUCAAGAUGCCUAAAGAUAAAGGUGGAAAAGCAGGAGCUAAGGACCCCAAAGCUGCAGCAGGAGGGGCAGGUGGAGGUGAAGAGGAAAAAGGCAAGGCUACAGGAGCCAUGGUGCUGCCUGUGGAUCCACCUGAAAUGAUCAGUGAUGAGGACAAGGAGAAGUUCCUGCUCUUUGGUGUUGUGUUUGAGGCAGCUAUGAUUGACAGGAAGAUUGGUGACAAACCUAUUAGUUUUGAAUUCACCCUUGGAAACUUUGGUAACUUUAUUGACGGUGCUGCUCUACCAGCUGCCAAGAAAAAAGUAGAGAGAGGUCCUGAUCCUUCAAGCCAAGAAGCUGUCACGACUACUCCUCUUCUGGAAACUCAACCAUCAAAAACUUGCAAAUCCACCACACCUUUAGAGAAACCUGUUAUAGGAGAUGGAAUCAGGAACUACUUAUACAUACCCAUUUUAAACAAGAAACCAUGUAUCCAUGUGUGGAGCUCCUGGGAGGACUGGACAUACCGCCUUUACUAUUCUAACAUGCUGGACAGGAUCGCCAUCAUGUUUGAAGAGGGAGUCGCCAAGGUAACAGAACUGGACAAGCUGGUGGACCCAUGUGCGGAGGCUUUUAUACGUGCUGUUUUAAAAGAAUUUUGUAAGGAUGCCAGGGAAUUUAUCAGUUUUGCUGAAAACAAAGUGAAAGGAAACAAUUUGACGAUGUUGGACAAAAAGAGACUUAUUUUGUGCAAACAGGAACUGGAGAACAUGAUAGGAGCAGCUGGAAGCAUCACUGAACCAAAGAGAAAGGCUCUAACUGUCAAAGAGAUGCUGAGAGAGGCGCAGAAACUCUCUCAUCGAAUCAGAUUCCUGGUGGAAGAGCCGCAGCACACACUGCCAGAUGUGUUUGUCUGGAUGCUGAGCAACAAUAAACGUGUAGCAUAUGCCCGCAUCCCUGCACGCCAUCUGCUUUACUCUGAUAAACUUGUGGAAAGAGGGAGAGACUGUGGCAAAAUAAAAACUUUGUUCCUUAAGCCCCCGUCCAAACGUGGAGCAGUUGGGUGGAUAGUGCAGGCUAAACUGGAUGUGUACCUGUGGCUGGGCAGAAGCAGAGAGUCGUCCCAUAUGAUGGAGAAUCUCCCUGCAGGCUUCGAGCCACUGGGGGGAACAUCAGUGGAGGAUGGAGGCUCUCUUCCUGACAGUUUAUUUUAUAGAGACCAUCACAGGUUUCAGCUGAGGGCUCAUAUGUACCAGGCUCGUGGGCUCAUCGCAGCAGACAACACAGGCCUGUCAGACCCCUUCGCCAGAGUAUCCUUCCACUCAAACACCCAGUGCACAGCAGUCAUUAACCAGACUCUUACUCCAACUUGGAACCAGAUGUUGAUGGCAAAUAAGGUGUCUCUGUAUGGAGAGCUCACUGACAUUGUACAAGAGCCGCCUCUUGUUGUUGUUGAGGUCUAUGAUGAAGAUGCAGUGGGCAAACCAGAGUACCUGGGCUCCACUAUAGCUGUGCCAGUGGUCCGGCUCAACGAGGAGCCUUACACACCACCUCAGCUGCAGUACAGUGCUCUUUUUUACGGUAGCAUGUCUGGUGGUGACAUACUUGGAGCGUUUGAGCUUAUCCAGACAGGAAAGCAUCCACUACCUGAGAUAGAUCAGCCAGAGGGCCAGAUCUACCCCGUGCCUUCAUACAUCCGACCUGUGCUCUGCAAAUAUCGAAUUGAGGUCCUGUUCUGGGGGUUGAGGGAACUGAAGAAGGUGCAGCUCCUUCCUGUGGAUCGGCCCCAGGUCUUUAUUGAGUGUGCAGGAAAAGGCGUUAACUCCUCUGUGAUACAAAGCUACAAAAGCAACCCAAACUUCUCUGUGCUCGUGGACGCCUUUGAUGUGGAGCUGCCUGAGAAUGAGUACCUCCACCCUCCUCUCACAAUCACUGUGGUGGACUGGAGAGCCUUUGGCAGAAGCACUCUGGUGGGCAGCCAUGUCAUAAACAACCUGACCCUGUUCAAAUACACGCCUCCAUCUUUACCACCUUCCAGACCACUGCCACCCGAGCCAGCCAGUAUAGAGCCUGAACCACUGCCUGGACCAGAGGGCACCGAAGCACAAACCGGUGAGGAUAUAUACAUAAACAUAGAGCAGGGGGACAUCAGCAAACCUUCUCCAACACCUGAGCCAGUGCCUCAGGACAAGAAGCACAGAGUCUCUACAAAAAGCAAGCGAAGAUCUACAAAAAGAAAGAAGCGCACUGCUGCUGAUGAGUCCGCUGACAACGUCAUUGACUGGUGGUCUAAGUACUAUGCUUCGGUUGAGAAGAUCCAAAUGUCAAAACAAAGGGAAGUCAACCCAUUUCCAAACAUCUAUGAAGCUGUACCUCCUCUUCACAACUUGCUCACAGAUGGAAUAUCCACUAUGGCUAAGGGAAUGAAAGACAGGAAAAAGGAUUUCAACUUCAAGGGUGUAUUGGAGCAGAACAAAGUCGCAACUUUAAAGAUUUAUGACAAAGAGCUGGAGGCAGAGUUUGGCCCUUUUGAUGAUUGGGUCAAAACAUUCGAACUAUUCCGUGGUAAGGCAAAUGAAGAAGAGAGCUCUGGGGUUGAGAGGUUUGUUGGAAAGUUCAAGGCUGGGUUUUGUCUAUACAAGCUGCCUGAUGGUGAUCAAGAAGGUUGUUUGGACUCUGAAGAGUAUAAAAUAAGCCACGGUAUUCCACCCAACAACUCUGUAAACGUUCUGAUCCGAGUGUACAUUGUUGCAGCCACCAACCUCCAUCCAGCCGACCCUGAUGGAAAGGCAGAUCCUUAUAUCGUGCUGAAACUUGGAAAAACAGAAAUCAAGGACAGAGACAAUUACAUCCCAAAACAACUCAACCCAGUGUUUGGCAGAUCUUUUGAAAUACAAGCCUCUUUCCCUAAGGAAUCCUUACUGAGAAUUCUCAUCUAUGAUUAUGAUGUCAUUGGCGGAGAUGAUUUGAUGGGAGAGACAGCGAUAGAUUUGGAGAACCGAUUUUACAGCAGAUACAGAGCAACCUGCGGCCUCCCAACUGAAUAUGCCAUUGAGGGCUACAAUGCCUGGAGAGAUGCCAUAAAACCAACUGAUUUGCUGAUUAAGCUGUGCAAAGAAAACAGACUUGACAGCCCUCGCUUUACUCCUGGUAGAAUCACCAUUGGAGAAAAGGUUUACACUGGAAAAACGGUCUUUGUUGAUGAGGAUCAGGUAGUUGAGUCCUAUGAACAUUUGGCACUAAAGGUACUCCAUAGGUGGGAAGAUAUGCCAGGUGUGGGCUGCAAACUAGUGCCAGAGCACAUCGAGACACGCACCCUCUACAUAAAGGACAAGCCAGGCAUGGACCAGGGCCAUCUGCAGAUGUGGGUAGAUAUCUUUCCUAUGGACAUGCCUCAUCCUGGACCCCCUGUGGACAUUUCCCCCCGAAAACCCAAAGGAUAUGAAUUGAGGAUCAUAAUCUGGAACACAGAAGAUGUCAUUUUGGAGGACACCAAUUUCAUAACGGGCCAACAGUCCAGUGACAUCUAUGUUAAAGGAUGGAUGAAGGGCCUUGAAGAUGAUGGCCAGGAAACUGAUGUGCAUUAUAACUCUCUCACUGGCGAGGGUAACUUCAACUGGCGCUUCGUAUUCCCUUUCAACUACCUUCCAGCUGAGAAACUGGUAGUUGUAAGCAAGCGUGAUAACAUCUUUUCUCUGGACAAGACAGAACAGAAGCUGCCUGCAGUCUUAGUGCUACAAGUGUGGGAUUUUGAGAGAUUGUCCUCUGAUGAUUUCCUUGGUUCAGUGGAGUUGGACCUGCAUGGGUUUCCUCGUGGUGCCAAAACAGCAAAAGAGUGUAAGAUGGACAUGCUAACUAACCCCGGUGAGAAUAUAUCCAUCUUCCAGCAGAAACGUGCCAAAGGCUGGUGGCCUUUUGUAAAGACUGAAGAACUUACGGGAAAAGUGGAGGCUGAAUUCCAUUUGGUAACAGCUGAAGAAGCUGAGAAGAAUCCUGUAGGUCGAGCACGCAAGGAGCCAGAACCACUAGAAAAACCCAAUCGACCAGAUACAACCUUCUCUUGGUUCGUGAACCCUUUUAAGUGUUUUUUCCAUCUAAUCUGGAAGAACUAUAAGAAGUACAUCAUAGCUGCUCUGGUGCUGCUUAUCCUGGCUCUGUUUCUUGCCUUGCUCUUCUACACUCUCCCGGGCGCCAUCAGCAACAGGAUUGUCAGUGGAUGAUGGAUCACACUUGGUAAUAAGCUGUCGGCCAAAUAAAAACACACUUGCUGAUAGCACCUUAUUGCACUGUAUGAGACUUUGUGUUUAUACUGGUUUAAACUCUUGAUUUUACCAAAUAAGGAAACAAACGGAGGCGACCACAAUGAGAUGAUGACAAAUAAGUCAAAACCUUAAGAUAGAAGAUUUCUAUUACAUUUAUUCUCGUAUUAUUGUGCAAUACUUUUCUCCACUGUUAUUUAGUUUUUUUAACAUAUAUAUGGCUCUGUAAUUGUUUUACUAUAAAUGUUAAGUUGGAAAUUGGGUGUUUUAUUUGUCAAUUAUUCCUAUGUAUCAACAAAGCAACUGAUCUGUGUAAAAUGAUAAUAGUACCAGUAGCUUCGUUGUUUGUUUAUUUUUGUUGUGGGUGUCAUUUUAGAAUACAUGUGCUAUGCAUGCCCUCGGUAGAUUUGUUAAUCUCUAGCUCAUCCCUCCUGGAAAUCCUGGAAAAAAGGUGUGGUUAAUGGGAUUUUUCAACAUUCCCUAUAUGAAAAAAAACUCUGUUCAUGCUCACCUCACCAUCCACAAUGAAAAAUAAGAUUGAUCAGAUAUUAGACAAUCUUCUCUACUCAUAUGCCCAGUAGACAUGUAGACAUUUACUUGUCCACAACCGAAGAUGCUCUUUUCCAGAGCCAUUUACAAAAGUGCUUUGAAGUUUCCAUCAGUAGAUAGAUCCUUACACUGGGUUACUAGGUUGAUAAUUAGAAGAACUGUCCAUUAAAAACUAUUGGGAGGGGUUUUUUUGUUUGUUUUUUUGUACAAGGGUCAAC